GGAUGUCAUCUUGAGAAUGGAGCAAGCUUGUUUUGUGCUGCUCCAGAAAAUAGGACACAAUGAAGCAAUAGAUACAAACUACAGGAAAAGAGAUUCCACUUCAACUUUAGGAAUAACUUCUUUACAGUUCAGCUCUGGAGUGGACUGCCAUGGAGGGCAGUGACGCGCCAUCUUUCGAGGCUUUUCAGCAGAGGUUGGAUGGGCAUCUUUCUGGCUUGCUUUAUAGUUGUGUUGCACGGCAAACAGGGUUGCACAAGAAGGCCCAACUCUUAGGAUUUUGUGUGUCCAGGAGCACCCUUUUCCAACCCUCCUGCUUGAAAGAAUGAUCUCAUGCUCCAGAUUUUGCACACCUGGAGAUGCUUAUACAAAGCCCAGAGUUCUGUGUUGGGUUGCAAUGUGCGAUUGGCUGUGAAGGUGUGUUUAUGAACAAACUGUGCCUUCUGCCUGGGUUUUACAAAAGGAGUGCCCAUGCACCGAGCGAGCGUGGUGAGUGUGUUUAUUUCAGUGUGCUUUUUUUAGUCGCCGGAGAAGGCAGCGGGAAAGGGGGAUGGGGUGAAGGUAGUGGUGUGUCAUCAUAGGCAACUUGUCCAAUCCUCCUUCAGAUCUCUUCCGUGCCUUUGAUUCCUGCCAUAGUUAUUGGCCCCGGAUGCAUUGAGUCCCAGAAUGGGCAUGCCUCCUUUUUAAAGCAACAGUGGUCUAAUAAAAUCCUGUUAGUCUCUAAUACAGGGGGAUUCCAAAAGAAGGGUGCAAACCCAAAUAAGAUCAGCUUUACUCUGGAACCAUUUGAACCAGACGGUACUGGUACUAGCCUUUCCUUCCCUUUCCUAGGCUCCAAGUUCAAGAUCUUGUGCCUCUUCAGCAACAACGGGUGUCAAAUAUGGUUGCUGUGGCAUGCCCUCCUAUUAAGUGAUUUCCUUUGCUGUUUAGUCAUUAGGGUUUGUUUAAAAAAAAAAAAGAGGAGGAAAAGAGGUCAAGUAUUUUGAUGUUUCUACAGUGACAUUCAGUGUCUGGUUUCCUUUUUUUGUGUGUUUUCUGUUUUGGUUAAUUAUUUGUGAGCACUUGGCUACUUCCUUUGGCUUCAAAGCAAUUUUCUUGUGUGGCUUAAAAGGGGAAAAAAGAAUAAUUCAUUGGGGUUAUUUAUUAGCUUCACGAUGACAUCACCUGACUCUUUUUUGCAAGCGCUCAGAAGUUGAGUCAACCCAUUCCUAACCCAUGUCCCCCCCCCCCAGUGCCAUCUAGUUGCAACUGAGUCAUCCUCCUGACGUGUCGCAUCUGUUGUCGUUCUCUUGUGCACCCAAAGGAGUCUCAAUGUGCGCUUUUUAAAUCCAGAUUGAGGUACCACAACACGCCAAAACUGCAGACCCUCCAACAUUUCACAGGUGAAAAGUGGGACACGUGUAGCCAAGGAGCAUCAGAGUGCGGUCAGGAUGGCAAAUGCUAUUAAUGAGGAAGAACACACAAGCUUGGGGAGGCUGCAGCAGUUUAUGUUUGCCUGAACCUACUGGGAAGGGCAUAAGUCUCCCCCAUGCUCUCCCAUCCCAUCCCAUUAAGUGGACUGAGUGCAGACUACUUCAGUUUGUUUGAAUUCAGUUUGCCGUUGUGUACCUUCUAGUCAUUUUCAUGAUGCUAAGGCAAAUCUAUCAUGGGGUUUUCUUGGUAAGAUUUCCUCAGAGGAGAUUUGCCAUUGCAUAUUUAGUCUUCAGCAAAUGAAAUAAGCCGAGGACAAAUGGGAAGAGUGGGGGGGGGAGGGAGAAACUGGGACAUUUUAAAAACAACUGAAAAAGUGGAAAGGCAGAGGAUUAAUUGGGACCAUCCCUGCAAAACUGGGAUAUUUGGAGGGUGUGAAACUACCCCAGAUGCCACCAUGGAGGCACACAUCUCCUCAUGGCUCUGAAUUUUUCACUCCUAUUCAGGAACGUAUCAAGUUCUAUCCAAGACGUCAGCCCCUUUCCUUUCAGAGCUUGGAAAAGUAACUUUUCAGCACAACAAAUUUUUUAAGAGUCCUUGUCCAAAGAAAGAGUAACUUUCCCAAGCUCUGGUUGCUGUCAGCUGCAUGUAAAUAAGCUGCCAACAGCUUAUUUUUAUGGUCUGGUUAUAUCCGGAUCUACUGAUGUACUUAACACAAUUGCAUUCUGAUUUCCGGUGAGAAACACAGAAGCGAAUUCUGUCGGAUUUGGCCUGACACGCUUCAUUACAUUUCUCCGCUUGGGCCUGAAAGACCCCCCUCCUUCAAAACACUGGCCUGCAUGUGACAACUUAUUUUAUUUCUUGUCGGCAUUGUUCAUCCCAGAAUGGUGUCAUGAGUACCGCAAAGGAGAACAUAGAGACCGCAUUUUGUCAUGCUGGCGACGGUUCUGCAUUGAGACUGUUCCUGUCUGCCUGACCCACAUCCCUAAACUGCAUUCGACAAUUCCUUCGCUACAGUCGUAUGGUUCUCGUCUUCCUCGUUGCUAUUUUCCUGUUGCGAGUGGGUAUUUAUCACAAGCCGGUCCCUGAGACUGCUGUGCAAAACAAAUCUCCAAGCGUGACAGAUCAAGUCCCCGUCUUGAGUUACCCCAAGCGGUAAUAGGGACACUCGUGCGAAAGCAGCUCUGGUUUCUGAUUUGCACAUGGACAACCCAUCUCGGCCACAAUGAUCCUUGUGACCUGAUCCAUUAUGCGGGAGACUUCUGCUGCCGGAUGGAAGAGGCAGUGACUCUUGGAGGCUGCGGCCUCUUUUUUAGUUGGCAGCUAAAAAGCCUCCCCCCUUUUCGCCUUCUGCCUUGCUGCAUUUUUCGAGUGCUAAGCUCUGGGAGGUGGAUGCUGCUAACGCAACACAGGCGGCUCUGCUGAGAUCACAGGCUCUCCGGAAAUGGAAGGGGAUCAGGUUUGCUGUGCACUCCAAGCCCAGAAGAGGCUCAACGCUCUCGGUGGUUUGGGGGAGAUGGUCGAAACAUGGUGGGGGCUGUAGUCCCUGUUAAGUCUUCUAGGGAAAGCAGGAGGUUCCUGCUCCGGCAAAUUUGGAGGCAGCGACUUGAAGAAGAGCAGCGCAGAUCCCCGGUAGAUGUGGUCAGCGUGUCCCGGUCAGAAACAACACAAUGGCUCCAGUUGUGGAGGUCACAGACAUCAGCCACUCCAGCUCCCUUCUGGUCCAGUUGAAUGAACAGCGCCUGCGCGGCCAGUUUUGUGACAUCACUAUCAUUGCUGAAGACACCAAGUUCAAAGCCCAUAAGAACAUCCUUGCAGCCUCCAGCCCGUACUUUAAGGAAGUGCUUUCCGAGGACUCGGUGUGCCGCCAGCCAGGCCAGAUCCUGGAGCUUCCUGACAUCCAGGCUGAAGUAUUCUCUGACAUUCUCAACUUCAUCUACAACUCCCGUCUCUCAGUGCCCAGCCCAGCUGCCGCUAAAGAAAUCGGAGCUGUCGGCCGGCGUCUGGGCAUCUCCCGCUUGGAGAAUCUGGAUGACUCCUCAGCAGAUGCAAAGAUGGAUGACUCCAGCGUGAUCUCCUCCAGGCUGUGCGGAUCACCGAUUGACCUCACCUGCCCUUCCCGUUCAGCUGAGCCUUCCAGCCCACUCUGUUUUCAGGAGCUGGCCAAAGCAUCCAGUCCAGCAGAAGACGCCCACCCUGACAGUGAAAGAGAGACGGCAAAGAUCCUGUACAACCUCAGCUCAGUCACCUCGGUGCCACUGCCACCCCCACCUGACCUGGCUUUUGUUCUGAAGGGGAGUGCAGGUUGGGACCAGGACGCUCUUCCUGGCAAUCCCUCUGCUUCCAUCACCAACAACGAUGAGGCCCAGGCACCUGUCUCUGCUUGCUCUUCUCCGUCAGGAGCUUCCUAUCCUGCCAGUAGCACUUUCUGCUGUGGAACCUGCAGUCGUUCUUUCACCACGUCUUCUGCCCUCAGUCUCCACAUGAAGCUCCACCGGACACGGCGUUCAUUGUCCUGCCGCCACUGUGGAAAGGGCUUUAUUCACAUCAAACGGCUGCAGACUCAUGAAGUGUUAUGCAAAGAAGUCGAAAAGCCCAAGGAAAACACUUUAGAGGGCAGCGAGAUGCCACCGGAUCUCGUGCUACCUUCCAAGCCAGUGGGAGCACCCGCAUCAGCCAAGAAGGGUGUGAUGUUCCGCCAUCGAGGCUUGACACGUAUGGACUAUAUCUCUGACCAAGACCACUUUGUCAAAGUGGUGGAUGGCCACAUCAUCUAUUUCUGCACUGUCUGUGAGAGAUCUUACAUGACACUUUCGAGCCUCAAGCGCCACUCCAACGUCCAUUCAUGGCGGCGGAAGUACCCAUGCCGUUACUGUGACAAAGUCUUUGCCCUGGCCGAGUAUCGCACCAAGCACGAGGUCUGGCACACAGGUGAACGGCGCUACCAGUGCAUUUUCUGCUGGGAGACCUUCGUCACCUACUACAACCUGAAGACCCACCAGAAAGCCUUCCAUGGAAUCAAUCCCGGUCUUAUCUCUUCAGAAAAGACUCCAAAUGGCGGCUAUAAGCCUAAGCUCAAUGCUCUGAAACUCUACCGGCUGUUGCCCAUGCGUUCCCAAAAAAGACCCUAUAAGACUUACAGCCAAGGGCUGGUACCAGAUAACCUCUUGCUCCCCACCCAGCCCAUCCCUAUGACAUUAGGGGACAGUGACUCCUUAGAUGGAAACUUGGUCUCCUCGCUGGGUACCAGCGAUGUCCCUUCUGUCUUCACUACCAAUGGCAGCUCAUUAGAGCUUCCAGAGGAAGAACACUUUCAGCAGCAAGAUCCCACAAGUGACCGGGAGAUGCCUGUUCUCCCACCAGUAGAUGAGAAGGCCCAGCCAGACAACCGGCCAGGAGCACCCACAGAGGCUCCCACAGUCAUCGCCUAUGGGCGGCCAGCUUCCUCCGUGAUAGUCCAUAGUACUUCGGUGAAGUCGCAAACCUCCUCAGUAAUCACAUACAACAGCAAAUCUUCAGAUGCAUUGUUAGAUACAGGGCCUCCACUCCUCUUGCCACAGUCCUCGCCUGCCACGGUCGUGGCCAAACCCAUCAAGAAGCAAGUCCUGAAGGAUUAUAUCCAGUCUCAGAAGGCAGAUGAGCGGGCUUCAGAAGAGAAUGGGACUGAACAUGGGCACAGGGUGAGGGGUGUGCGAGCUGGCCGUACCAUGACUUACAUGGCAAAGCCAGCAUAUGUGGGCACCACUUCUGAAAGCCGUGCUGCACCACUCUGCCAGAUUACAGUGCGUAUCGGUGAAGAAGCCAUAGUCAAGCGGCGAAUCUCAGAGACGGACCUCAUGUUGGACAAGAGUGGUCGUGUUGGAAGUAGGCGCUUUGAUUUUGGCCGUGACCGGAAUGAUGAGAAGCAGCAGCCGCAUCCCACACUGACACUUCACAGCAAGCACGGCAACCGGUCAUACACUAAUGAGAGUGGCGAGGAGGACAGUGAUCGGGGAGACACUGAAGACCAGCUGUGGCGACCAUACUACAGCUACAAGCCCAAACGAAAGGCAUGUGGAGGCAGUGGUGGCACCAGUGGCAAUGCCAUGCCAAAGAUGAAGAAGUCCCGAUGGCGUCGCAAGCUGCGUUCUUUGCGUUGGAUGAAACGGACAGAGAAGGCCAAGGAGGCUGGGGAAGAGGAGGAGGAGGAAGAGGAAACCAAAGAUGAUGCCAGUGUGGGGACUAGUGAGCCACUGUCCACUGAGGUGCCUGGAGGCAUAUCUGAGGGUGAAGGAACGGAUCAGCCAUCCAAAGCCGGGAGCAUACGGGGCUCGGAGUGGAAGCAUGAGUGCAGUGUAUGUGGCAAACUCUUCUCUGCUUUGAAGAAACUGAGGAAACACGAGAGGGUGCAUGGACGCCUUGGUAAGGAGGACCAUUCCUUGGCACCCAUGCCAGGCACUCCUCAUCGCGUAGGCCGCAAGCCUUUGGUAAAGUUCACCUGUGCUCACUGCACAAAGGUCUGCAAGACCGCAGCAGCACUCAGUCGGCACAUGAAACGGCACGAAGGCAAGCAGCCCGAGCCAGCUCCAUUGCCAACUCCCACCACUGUCAUCGCCUAUUCCAAGAAGACCCCUGAUGUGCCUCCGGUGACACCAUCGCCUGUUGUGAAGGAAGAGACCACUCAAGAGAUGCAGGUGUCAUCCUCCAGUGGGGAAGCCCCCCUCUGCCGGCAGGAAGUACCAGAAGAUGACCUUCCACCCAUGGACCUGACGCCUUACGAUGUCCGGACUCUUGCACCAAUGCUGCCAGAGGAAAGUUCGCCACCACCAGAUGGGGACAAGUCCCCUUUCCCUGAGGAGCUCCCCAUCCACCCACCAACUCUGGAGGCUGCCACCAGCCUUGUAGAAGUUCCCCCUAGUUUACCACACUCCCUCCAAGACCCUGUCAUCUCACAUACCGGCCUGGUCCAGAAGGAGGUCCUGGUGCCUCCUCCUGAGAUGGAAGAGGAGCAGUACCCGGUCCAGGAAUACCCUUUGCCAUUACUGGUGCCGGGCAGCUGUCGGACGAGGAAGGAUCUGGAGGACAAGGCCUCAUUCCUCGCCUAUCCCAGCGCCAUCCAAUUCAAUGCUGUGGGGAAAGCGGGCAGCAGUGAUGGGGACAGUAAGGUGAGCUUCUACCCGGAUCCCUACCCGUUAAUGUAUGGGCACCAGCUCUUGGCAGCCUACCCAUACAAUUUCACCCUGCCAGUGGCUUUGAACAUGGUCGUCCCAGAUGACAAGGGUCAACCUCUCCCCUUCUUGCCCAGUGUCUUCAGCUAUUCCAUGAACCCAUGCCGGAGUGAGGUACACGAGGGGGGCGCCGGAUCCAACGGGGGCAUGACGAUGGGGGGCAGCAUGCUUCGCGAGAGCAGAGGAGAACCCACCGCUUCAGAGAGGCUGAAGAAAGGAAGCCUUCUUUGAGGGGACAGAGGGAGGUUGGCUCGUGGGGAGAGAAGGAGGGGAGAAGAAAGGCGCCAGAAAUAUUUGUGGGAGAAGGCAAGGGAGGGGAGGGUGUGGGGAUGGUGUAAUUCCUCCCUCCUCCAUUCUGAGAGAGUUGUGUGCGUAUGUGUGUGCAUGCGUGUGGAAGAGAUCUGAAGGGAAGAUGAUUGGGUCGUGUGAGAGAACUGUGCGGGAUAGGUGAGCAUCUGAGCUGACACGGAGAUCCUUCCUCCUUCACAUCAGUGGGGCACCUCAUAGAUAAGAUUGUAAAAAAUAAAUAAAUAAAAUAAAUAAAUAGCAAAAAUAGGUACAGGGUAACCCCUCUUCUCCCCAGCUCCCAAAUCCUCCCCACUCCCAAGUGAAUGUCUUCUUGCUUGGUAGACACCAUUAGUGAAUUUGCACAACCUCUUCUUUCCCC